AUGGUUGAUGAUGGAGUUUUCCAGCUAGGAGUGACUAAAGUUGCGGGAGUUCCAAAUGUUCGAAAACGACAAUCCAAGUCAAAUUUGGCCAACCCUUACAUUGGAGAUAUUUACAUGAUCACCGUGCAGAUUGGGUAUCCUCCGCAGUCUAUAACCCUCAGUAUCGAUACAGGAAGCAGUGAUGUUUGGGUGAAUCCACAGUGCGCUACGUCGGGGUGGGCAUCAUUUUGCGCCAGUUAUCCUCAGUACGAUCCUACGAAAUCUACCUCUUUCGUACCGUUGAGUCAAGCUUUGAAUAUAGCAUAUGGUAUCGGUGCAGUCACUGGAGCUUAUGCGACGGACAAUUUUAUGAUGGGGUCAGGUCCGACCCUUAAAAAACUUCAAUUUGGUGUUGCAUCAGGCAGUAAUCGAAUGUUUGCGGGUAUAAUGGGUGUAUCCUGGGGACUUGGCCUUGGAACUGGUUAUUACAAUAUUAUUGAUCAACUUGCCUUGCAAGGUCUGACAAAAACUCGUGCAUUUGCCAUAGACUUGGGCAAUGUCGAUACAGCUUCAGGCUCCAUUAUCUUUGGCGGUCUCGAUACAAAGAAGUACUACGGCUCACUGAUUAAAAAUCCCAUUAUACCAUUUUAUCAAAGUCCUGAUGGGUAUCCAAGAUAUUGGAUCAAUAUGACGUACUUUGGUAUUACAUUUCCAGGUCAACUACCGACGAAUUUGACAUCUACCGGUUAUGCGAAACCCGUCAUUGUUGACUCCGGAAGUACAUUGAGUUAUUUGCCACCUUCACUUGUCAACGCCAUGCUCCCUUAUUUUCCAGGAUGGGUCAGUAAAGGGGGUGGCCUAUAUACCAUACCUUGUAGCUUCCGAAAUAUUGCAGGGACGAUGGAUUUUGGAUUCGCGGGGCAGAUCAUCCGGAUCCAAUUAGCUCAAUUCAUAUGGUUCAAUGGUGCUACAUGCUAUGGACCUAUUGCUAAUGCCGCCGAAAAAACGGAUGUGAUUUUGGGAGAUACCUUCAUGAGAGGUGCUUAUGUGGUGUUUGAUCAGGACAACGCAAAUGUUCACAUUGCGCAGGCUGCGAAUUGCGGAUCAAAUAUUGUUCCCAUUACUUCGGGUACCGAUGGAGUUCCUUCAAUGACAGGAGGUUGCCCGAGUCCAGCAUUUUCUUAUGGAACAUCAUCUUAUACGGUCUAUCCAACUCCUUCGGUGAGAAUCUCGUCUUCUUCGUCCACAUCUUCUUCAUUCACAUCUUCUUCAAGAAGUAAGUAA